AUGGCCAAACGAGUGUACCGUCAUUCAUCUGUUGUACGUCGCUCCUUCUGCACAUUAUUAUUAUUAUUAUUAUUAUUAUUAUUAUUAUUAUUAUUAUUAUUAUUAUUAUUAUUAUUAUUAUUAUUAUUAUUAUUAUUAUUAUUAUUAUUAUUAUUAUUAUUAUUAUUAUUAUUAUUAUUAUUAUUAUUAUUAUUAUUAUUAUUAUUAUUAUUAUUAUUAUUAUUAUUAUUAUUAUUAUUAUUAUUAUUAUUAUUAUUAUUAUUAUUAUUAUUAUUAUUAUUAUUAUUAUUAUUAUUAUUAUUAUUAUUAUUAUUAUUAUUAUUAUUAUUAUUAUUAUUAUUAUUAUUAUUAUUAUUAUUAUUAUUAUUAUUAUUAUUAUUAUUAUUAUUAUUAUUAUUAUUAUUAUUAUUAUUAUUAUUAUUAUUAUUAUUAUUAUUAUUAUUAUUAUUAUUAUUAUUAUUAUUAUUAUUAUUAUUAUUAUUAUUAUUAUUAUUAUUAUUAUUAUUAUUAUUAUUAUUAUUAUUAUUAUUAUUAUUAUUAUUAUUAUUAUUAUUAUUAUUAUUAUUAUUAUUAUUAUUAUUAUUAUUAUUAUUAUUAUUAUUAUUAUUAUUAUUAUUAUUAUUAUUAUUAUUAUUAUUAUUAUUAUUAUUAUUAUUAUUAUUAUUAUUAUUAUUAUUAUUAUUAUUAUUAUUAUUAUUAUUAUUAUUAUUAUUAUUAUUAUUAUUAUUAUUAUUAUUAUUAUUAUUAUUAUUAUUAUUAUUAUUAUUAUUAUUAUUAUUAUUAUUAUUAUUAUUAUUAUUAUUAUUAUUAUUAUUAUUAUUAUUAUUAUUAUUAUUAUUAUUAUUAUUAUUAUUAUUAUUAUUAUUAUUAUUAUUAUUAUUAUUAUUAUUAUUAUUAUUAUUAUUAUUAUUAUUGCUGAAUUGCAUAAGGUUAAUGUCCACCCAGACUUCAAAGGAUGUGUCGAAAGCUGUGGAGGACCAGGUUGCGAUUCCCUCGAUCCCAUUUCAGGCUGCCUCUUCUACCGAAUUUAUCUUUUACCCAAUGAUGACGCCGUCUACUAGUUCUUCAAAUGCGCACGCUGGAAAGGAUCUAUGCAUCUUCAAAUGA